GGUAACUACAGUAGGCACAUCAGCUCUAGAUUCAAGAUGAAAUUCUUCGUGUGCUUCGCUCUCAUCGCCAUUGCCACCUCCGCUAUGGCAGCACCCAACAGCGGCAGCUCUGCUUCCAUCACCAGCAGCAGUGCCGGAGGAUCUGUUGCCCUGGCCAACCACGAAUCCGAAAUUGACGGUCUUUCCGGCCAAGGCUACGGUGAUUUGACCCGUCUGCGUAAAUCCGCUUAUGGCGGCAGCUCUGGCGGCGGUGGCUCUAGCAUUCCAGCUCCUCCUUGCCCCAAGAACUACUUGUUCAGCUGCCAGCCCAACCUGGCCCCAGUUCCAUGCAGCUCUCCAUCUUCCGGCUACGGGUCUGCCGGUGCUUACUCUUCGCCCUUGGCCAAUUAUGCUUAUCCCAACUACGGCGUGCCCCAGCAGCAGCUCUACGACGCCGCUUACGCCCCUCAGGCUUACGGCUACCAAUAUUAGAGGAUCAACGAGCCUGCGCACUUGAACUAGACACAGCUUCCAAAGCUGCUGAGAAAUACUAAUCUUUGCAAUGCUAACAGAAAAUGUAAAAAAAAAUAUAUGUGGUUCAAUUAAAUGAACAAAAAUCCGAAA